UUAAGAGGACAGAACACUUAAAAGCGCAGCUUUGAACAGAUGGUUUCGGCUUAUCGUCGUGGCAUUUAACACUCUGAUCACAGUAUUUUGGUAGUUGAAAUACAAAAUUUGUUAGUUACACAUCAUAAUGAGAGAUAAUGAAGAUUAGCCAAUCGUGAAUAACACAGAAACUAACCAGUUAAAAUAAUUCACUGGGUUAUUUAUUUAUACCACUUGAGAAAUGAAUGUUUAACAGGUUAGUUUACAGCUUGGGCGUUUCAGUAAAUUUCACAUAUUACGGUUUCUUUUGAAGAAAAUAUGAAUAAUUUCAGUUCAGUUUAUGAAAGUGGUCAACUUAACAGCUGGAGCACAAGUUCUAUUAAUCAUAUUGAUAAUGUUACGGAAAAUUUAAUGAGUAAUGAUAUGUAUGAAAAUUAUAUUAUCAUUCGUAAAAACGAAACAUCAAUUUUCCUUAGUAUAUUAGUAUUUUCGGUGUAUAUUAUCACAAUGUUAUCUUCUCUCAUUGGCAAUACAAUAGCAAUAUGUAUAUUUUUGCGAAAACGUAAAAAGUUUGGCAUAAAAUAUCAUACUACAAUGAAACCAUUUACCAGUACUGAAAAGCAGGUAGAUCUACAUUCAGAAAAUUAUCUACAGUCAUUAAAGAAUCGUCAAGUUGAUGGAAAUUAUAGCAGUUCAGCGAGUGAUUAUGAUAACAAUAAUUUAUUGAAAAAGAAUCUGGAUAAUUCAAUAGAAAAAGCACCGAAACACUUACACCAUAUUAUGAGAAACACAUGCCAAAAGCAAACAUUUUAUAUGAAUGGAGCAUUUAAUUAUUAUUUAGCCAGUUUAGGAAUAUCUGAUUUAUUCAUGGGCCUUUUUUGUAUUCCGUUUACGUUUACACAAAUUUAUUUACAUCACUGGCCAUUUCCUGAUUUAAUGUGUCCAAUUGUUGUUUAUGUACAACUGGUUAUGGUUACAGCCUCGUCAUUAACCAAUACUGUUAUUAGUCUAAACCGAUUAUUUGGUAUAAUAAGUCCAUUUAGAUUUGAUCAUUGGCCCAGUAGACAUCAAAAAUCAUUGACUAUUUGCAUAAUAAUAAGUAUUUGGGCUAUUUCAUUUAGCGGUAGUACAGUACAACUGUUUGCAACCAGAACACAAAGACAAGGACAAAAUACAAAUCCAUUAGAGCAAAAAGAAGGCUAUUCAGCUGGUCGUAAAUUAUGUCAAGAAUCAUGGGAUGGAGACGACUAUAAGCGUUCAAUUUAUACAGUUGUACUUUUCUUAGUAAUUUACAUCAUCCCACUGGGAAUACAAACAUCAACCUAUGGAUAUAUUAGUUUUAGGUUAUGGAACCGCAAAACACCUGGGGAGUCAAUUAAAGGUGUAGAAGAUAUGCGGAUUAAAGAAAAGAAACGAGUAUUUGACCCAAUUAACCAAAAAAACAGUUUGAUGGACAGUAAUCUGAAAUGAAAUGUUGAUAAUUUACUUGCUUUGCACUGAUUUAUCUAUUUAUUGAAACAGUAAAUAGACUUUAGACAAAACGCCAAAAUUAAGUUCAAUUUUAUUUGUUGAAAAUUAAUUUUAACAUAAUAAUAUACUUGUAUGGUGUAUUUUAUUAUCGGUUUGUUGAAAUUCGAUGACGUUAUUGGUUUAGGAAAAAGAGGAGCCAUUUCAAAACACAAAGUUUGAAAUACGGCCAGUCUCAUUUUCUGCUAUUUAUUUGGUGGAAAUAUUCACCUAAAAACAUGUGUUACUACUCCAUCGAAGUAACUGGUAUUUUGGGCUUACUUGUCUAUUGGUAAGCAUUUUAUUAUCAAUAUCCGGUAUUAUUACUUGUAAAUGAAAAAGUUUAUAUCAGUCAGCAAAUUGGCAAAAUAUAAUUUGGAUAGACUAAUUAGUUUAAUCCUGACAUUUGGUAGUCAUUCUUUAAGAAUUUUAUUUUACUCCAGGAAGGUGUUGAUAGAUUCAAUAAAUUACGAUAAAUCCCUUGAGCAUAAAUGUUAAUAAUCAAAAUGCGUAAAUUCUCAUUAUCGAAAAAGUAUAUUUUCAAGAUUUUUGAUUGCUUUCAGAUUUGACUUGUGUUACCACUUACUUUCAUUAAAGUCUAUGUGAAGGUUAAGAUGAUCAAAUUAUCUUAAUAACCAUCAUUGAUGUACAAAUUAGAAUUCAUGUGUGUACUUCAAUUAAAAACUUGAAGUUCCUUAGUUUUAUAGUUUGAAACAGAAGGCUUAAAUAUAUUCUAAAAGAUCCAAAGUAUAGAUUUAGUAUUUAUCAACAGUUAGGUAUUUCAAUUGACAGUCACAUGAUUUGUUAUCAGACACCCAAGUAAAUAUCGGUGGGAGUAUUAUUAUAUAACUGGAUACAGUGAACUGAGAUAUCCGUAUAUCUAGAGCAAGAUAGAAGCUCAGAUAAGAGGGUUGAUAAAGUAAUAACAAACUGACUUCAUUAGAGAAUACGGUGAAUUCCUCAUAACUCUGAAAUAAAACAUCGAAGUUAACAUAAAUCGUUAAGUGAAGCGUAACUGACUAAGUCAAAAUAGUGUCCUAAAUAUGAUAAAAGAAAUAUUUAUAUUUUCAACAGAUAGUUUUGGAUAUAAAUCAAAGAAAUAAACCGCAAGCUUUCAUUAUAAGUCAGGUUUACAAACGUGAGCAAUCGGAUAGAAAGUAACAUUAAUUUUGUGUAUUUAUAAUUCAGACUUCAUUAUUACUCAUAGAGCACUAUUUUUCUGUAUGAUUCGAUGUUCAUAUUAUAUGUCAUCAAAAAUUCACUAGGCGGACUCAUGUUCGGUUUUUUCUAAUAACUAAUGUAUUAACAAAUUCUUAUCAGGACCGUCUUUUAUAUUCCAGAAAUCUUUGGGAGUAAACUACUAGACACUUGGAUAGUACCCAAAGAAUAUACACGUCGGUUGCACUACAUUUGAUGCAAUCUACAUUGUUUAUUUAAUCAUGCAUAUUAUGAAAUUUAACAUGAAACACUACUUCUUAUUAUUGUCCCUCAAAUUUACCUAUCUACAUACAAUGUGAAAAAUUUCUCAGUUUGUUUAAGUUCUUUGUAUCCACUACCAACUACUGAUUAAUUUAUUAAUCUUGGUGUAUACUAUUUAUGUAUUAAGUACAAAGACCUCACCAUAAAUGGGUCAAACAAUUCGAAAAUCAACCAAAAAUAUAACGAACACAUCAUAAAAAUAAAUUCGAUUGAACCAAGUUGAAAUUAUAAUUACAGUAUAACCAAAAGGUAUAGAUAUGGUUGAAAAGUGUGAUAUUAGUUCUUGUCGACGUUUAUCGUCUCACUUAAGUUACCCAAGGAUACAUGUAAACUUGUAACUAGAAGAGAAUCCAAUAAAGAAAUCCAAGAAAGUUCAAAAUGUAUGUUUUUCAAUCUCUAACAUCUUUAAAUGCAACCAUAUAGCAAGACCAAGAACCUCCUUAAAUGUGUAUUAAUCUAACAUUGAAAAUUAUUUUCCCAGUGAAUUAGCUCUUUGUAUCAAAUAUGUUUCUCAACAUUUAUAUAAUAUUUCUUAUCAGAUAUUAAUUUUGGACACGGAAAUAUAUUCACAGUCAUCCCGCUAGUUGGUACAAUGUGAUUCACACAAAUAUUUUUAUUGAUUGAAGUUGAAAAUUGUCUAAAAAUAGAAUGAUUCAACCAAAUAUUUUCAAAGAUCAUCCGGAACUAUUUGCAAAAUCAGGUGUACUGAAGAGUUCAUUUCAAUACCACAGAUAAUCAAUUUAAAAGGUUUUACAAAUACUGAAUAUAUUGAGCUUAAGAAGAGACAUUUUUACUGCUUAUUCUAUUUAAUUAACGAGAUUUUACAGUCUUAGUAAACAAGUAACCUUUUUCUUAAAUCCAUCAAAUCUUACUCUUUACUGAAAUUUUGAUUAUCUUUUAUUCUUUCGUCAUAGUCCUGAACAAUCAUUAUUUAAAUCGAACACUAUAUAUUGAAUGUUAAUCUCACGAUAGACCAAACUGCAAUAAAAAUGUAUAAUUAGCUAAAUCUGUAUUCAUGAUUUACAAUAUCAAUAAGAUCAGUUUCAUUUGAUAACUAGAUUUGAAAGAAUGAACUGGGGGAUUAGAAAUAUGUUUAAAAUUCCUUAAUACAUUUAUGGAUAAGAACCCAUUUUCAGUAGGAAAACUGUCAAAGGCGUAAUAUUGAGUACAUUUAAUUCUAAGAAAGAAGUGAUGAGUAAGUUAGCAAAUUAAAACAAAACAGACACAGUGUAAAAUUUGUACAAGUUGAUUUCUUGAUAAACAUUAAAGUGAGAAUACCACGGUUUGCAGAAUAAAACAGAUUCAUUCUAUUUUACAACUUUUCAUCAGUACCUAACAGCCUGAAAUCAAGUGCUUCGCAUAAAGUCUAUGUUAAACAUUUGUUAGUAAUUUUAGGUUGUAUGCAGCUGAUAAGGCGUUAAAUAAAAUGAAUUUAUUUCAUUGUUCAAACCAUGUUGUUAUGGCUCUAUUUAAAAUGUAUUUAUUCGUGCACUUUUGUUGUCCCUAAAUAUUUCGUCAUUUUAAUCAGAGAAAGUUUCCAUUUUCAGGGAGCUAAUCAAACGAAAUAGCACUAUAACUAGCCAGUUUUCUGUUAGUUAAUUAAAUUGAAAAUCAAUAGUAAUUGCUAUGUGGUUAGUUCAGUAAACGAUUGUAUUCUGUUUCUACAUAAUGCAUUAUUACAUUUAAAAUAAAUGGGUUAAUAUUUUAUUCAUUUUUCUAUGGAAACUGAUUACUUAAGCCUGAUUUUAUUCCACAUCAGAACUGGAUUUCAUCACUUCUGAUUUUAAGGGACUUCGAACUAUAUAAAGUAGUACAUCUUCAAUAAUUCAUUUUAGAAAUUUUUAGGUUUACCAAACACUUGUAAAUAAUGCUAUUUUGAGAAGUACUGACUCUAUUGUAGACAUUUAACUACUGUCAAACAUUAGUUAGUUAAAAUUUACGAUUAAAAUCCUGAGGAUGUAAUAUUUAUAUAAUACUAUACAACCGUAUAUUUCUUAUAGCUCCUGUUUCAGGAUCACUUUGAUAAAAGUAGCUCUUAAUUUCGUCAAAAUAUAUUGAAUUAUUUUCUUAUGAGAUUUAUAUAGGUGGUGGCGUUUAACAAAUGGACCUUCAGAAUCUAUAACACUGAUUCUAAAUUAUAUCUCUGGCAUUCAUAGCAUAGAGAAUGAAUCUAUAGAGAGACGUGACAAUUUAUUUUAUUGAUCCUUAGCUUCCGUUAUGUUUGUUUGAUUACUAGUAUCUUCAAACAAAACACUAUUAUUUAAUUGAAAUAAUUGAUUACUGCCUAUUGAAUUCAUACCAUACUUUAUUUUUUCCGGUUUCAGGAUGAAAUGAAAAUAAGUGAGAUCUUGUUAGCAUUACUUCUCGGAUAUUAUAAAGUAUGAAAUAUUGAGUGCUUACGAUAACAUCUUAAACACUCAUUAAAUCACAUAGUAAUUAUAAGAAGUUUAGGUUUCUGAGUUAAUUUGAAUUUGAAUUGUAUUAUAAUUGGUUUUAUAAAGUGGUAAUUAUCUUUUAACGUGCAGCGGUAUCAUCCAGAUAUUUCUCCAAAAUUCUUGUUUUAAUAGUUCGUAGUUGUUGAUAUAAUUAUUGACUGAGAAAUGACUUUUGUUACUUAAUUAUGUUAUUGUCAUAAAUCAACGGUUUUUGCCUGUUAAGCUAUCUUUUGUCAAAAUAUAAUUUGACGUCAUAAGAAGUGAACCUGGGGAUUAAAAUUUUUACAGUAAGCAUUUUAAAUUUACUACACUGGGUUGUAAUUCAAGUGACAUUUGUUAUUUUGAUGUUUAAAUUUAUUGUGUACAUUAAAUGGUCAACGUUUGGAACAGUUUUCUUUAGAAGGACGUUCACUGAAAAUGGACUUUAAUCGAACAUCAGUUUAAUGUAGCUGACAUUCAAAUUAUUAAUAGGAUUACACCAUAUUCAUUGGGCAUUUUACCAGGUGUUUUGUUCAAAGCAUCAUGUCGUAGCUGUCAGUCAACCAUGUCAGAAAGUUUUUUUAAUGUACGAGGAACCAAAGUGUGAAACAUUUGAAGACAAAUGAUAAUAUUUACUCCCUAGUAAAAAACAUUCAUGCAUCAUAUUUAAGGGAGUUUUAUGUUCUAAACACCAUUGUACAGAAGUUUUGAAUAAAUGUUCUUUUUUGUAUUUUCUUCAUAUAGAUCAUAAAAAUGUUGGCAUUCAUUGUUGCGAUGUUUGGUAUUUGUUGGCUUCCAUCACACUUAUUCUUCCUUCUACAAGAUUUUAGUACAUUAUUUCGCAAUAUGCCUGAACAUACAACCAGACUUGUGUAUGGUAUGUGCCACUGGAUAGCAAUGUCGAAUAGCUUCGUCAAUCCAAUCAUUUAUCUAAUCAUGAGUAAAUCGUUUCGGGUAAGUUUGAGACCAAUGUUUUAUGCUUUGCAAAAUGCUUAGUGUUCAAACAGAAAAACAAUUUCCUAGAUUCAAACCAGAAGUGAUCUAACGAAACUGAUCUUUUGUGUUUUGCAUAUAGCUGACCUAUUACUAGCUACUGUGACAAACGGUAUUGCAAGUUCUGUUAUUUCAGUUAACGAAGUAGUGUUUAGAAAGGACUGUAGUUGAUAUUCAUAGUUCCCAAUCUUUUUUCACUUCUAAAUUAUGACCUACUGCUUAUGUUAAAAAGAACAAGCUGUGUUUACAUUUAGUUUCCGUAAAUUAAAUUCUUUUUUGUAUUUCCUGGUCAGGUGCUACUUUCCUUGAUGACGUAUCUAAACGUGAUUUUUAUUCCAUUGUAUCUGCUCUCUACAUGUCCACGCAGUUACGUUAUGUAUCACUGAAGAUCGAAUUUCGUAAGAAAAAUUGUUGCAGUUCCUCACUGAAAGGAUAGAGAUGAAACUUAUCGGUUCUAUU